AUGGGAUGGGAGCACCAUCCAGAACGGUCGGUGAUCGACGAAGAAGAUGUUGCCCAGCUCUUGGAUGACACCAAUCUUGGGCCAUCACCAAUGCGGGCCGUUCCACCCUCGCCACUAAUCAUGUUUUCUAUCCCACUCAUCAAUGUGGCCAUCAAAAAAUUCUCCACGCUCACAUCCUCUGUAUCUGGCACUACCCACGUCCGAGGAGACAUGUUCCCACCAUUCACCAUCAAAUACAUACGCUUGAGCUCUGGCACCAUCUUUUGUUGUUCAAGUCUCCAAAGUAAAGGAGCCAUGGAAACCAUUCGAUCCCUGCUCGACAUUUGCUUGAAAGGUAUCCUGCCAAUCGGUAUAGUUGUUACGGAAGACGAUGACAAUGUCAGCGAGUGUCGGAUGGGGCAGGAAGCGGGAAAACUUGGAGCAACUGUAAGAGGUGCCGGCAUGGAGGCCUGGGAGAAUAGUGUAUGGGAUACGGCGCAAGAGUUGGAAGGGAGGGGAGAGAUGACAAUAGAUGAUGAGGUGUCUGCGAUGAAGCUGGAGCGGGAAGCACAGGAAAGGCCCCAGAAGAGUAGUGUCUGCGUAAGGCUUGGAGGAGGUUGUACCGACAGAUGUCCAAAACCAUAUGGUGAAACCGUGCAUGCUGUUGGGCUGGGCUGCAUAGAAGGUGGCGGCGGCAUCAGAUAUCCAAGACCAAUAUUGUAUGGAGGGACUGUGUUUGCUACUGGGCCAGGCUAUGGAUUAGACGGCUGCGGUGGAAGUUGGGAUAUGCUGGGUGUCAACAUUGGCGGUAAUUGA